UCGGCAGCAGCCAAGCUGCAUAGUCGACAUGGCGACCGAUUUAAUAACACAAGAUUUUCCUAAAGACAGAUACAUCUUCUAAGUAUUUUGGAAUGAGAUUUGUCACGUGACAUGAUGCGCAUCCACGAUGUGUGACAACGUUUGAAGAACAAUUGAGUUCGGAAGAAAAAUCUUGAUUCCAGUGGAAUCUUCCAUAUAUUUUUUUAUUUGUUAAAAAAAACACCUGCACAAACACCCACCCACCCCCUAUACACAUUGUCCAGUGAUGCCUGUGCAAGCCCCACAAUGGACGGAGUUCCUGCUGUGUCCCAUCUGCACGCAGACUUUCGAGGAGACGGUACGGCGGCCCAUCUCGCUGGGCUGUGGCCACACCGUCUGCAAGAUGUGCCUGAACAAGCUCCACCGCAAGGCCUGCCCCUUCGACCAGACAGCCAUCGCCACCGACAUCGAGCAGCUGCCCGUCAACACAGCCCUGCUGCAGCUUGUGGGGGGACAGGUUCCCAAGGUUCAGCCGGUGGCCCUGAUCACCAGCCCAGAGGAUUCGCAGCACUAUGAGGAGGCCAGGCACUGUGUGGAGGAGCUGGCUCUUUACCUCAAACCCCUCAGCAACAACAGAGGGGUGGGUCUAAGCAGCACGGCCCAGAGCAUGCUGAGUCGGCCCAUGCAAAGGAAACUGGUGACCCUGGUCCACUGUCAGCUGGUGGAGGAGGAGGGCCGGGUGCGGGCCAUGAGGGCAGCUAGGUCUCUGGGGGAGCGCACAGUCACAGAGCUCAUCCUGCAGCACCAGAAUCCCCAGCAAUUGUCGUCCAAUUUGUGGGCCGCCGUCCGGGCCAGGGGCUGCCAGUUCUUGGGCCCAGCCAUGCAAGAGGAGGCUCUGAAGCUGGUGCUCUUGGCUCUGGAGGACGGCUCGGCCCUGUCCAGGAAGGUUCUGGUGCUGUUUGUGGUCCAGAGGUUAGAGCCACGCUUCCCCCAGGCUUCCAAGACCAGCAUAGGCCACGUGGUGCAGCUCCUGUACAGGGCCUCCUGCUUCAAGGUGACCAAGCGUGACGAGGACUCGUCCCUGAUGCAGCUGAAAGAGGAGUUCAGGACGUACGAGGCACUGCGGCGCGAACACGACUCCCAGAUUGUCCAGAUCGCCAUGGAGGGUGGCCUCCGCAUCGCCCCUGACCAGUGGUCCUCCCUGCUCUACGGGGACCAGUCUCACAAGUCCCACAUGCAGUCCAUCAUCGACAAGUUGCAGACGCCGGCGUCGUUUGCCCAGAGCGUUCAGGAGCUGACCAUAGCCUUGCAGAGGACAGGCGACCCCGCCAACCUUAACCACCUCCGACCACACCUGGAACUACUGGCCAACAUCGACCCUAGCCCCGACGCCCCCCCUCCCACGUGGGAGCAGCUGGAGAAGGGUCUGGUGGCGGUGAAGACUGUGGUCCACGGCCUGGUGGACUUCAUCCAGAACCACAGCAAGAAGGGAGCCGACCCACAACAGCCCCCCCAGCACAGUAAAUACAAGACGUACAUGUGUCGGGACAUGAAGCAGAAGGGGGGCUGUCCCCGUGGAGCCAGCUGUACCUUUGCCCACUCUCAGGAAGAGCUGGAGAAGUACCGUAAGAUGAACAAGCGUUUGGCGGCUCGCCUCCCUGGCUCAUCUGGCCUGCUGUCGGAUGACUGUCUCCCUCUGGACAUGGGGGUGACCCGGAAACCCUCGCCCCUCACCAACGGCUCGGCCGGACACCCCAUGCCCCAGCUCAUCGCCCGCGGCACCGACCCUGUGACCUACGACCUGUUACGCAAGCCCAAGAUGGACGGCGGGAGCAACAGCGCCCCGGGAUUGCCCCCUGACUCUCUGGAUUUGGGGCCCAAACAAGGAUUCCCUCAGCCCCCCCAUGCCAUGGGCCACUCCAGGGGGCCAGGCGACCACAUGCCCAAAAAGAUACCCGGUGGUGUGAUGCCCCGGGGGCCUCAGAUGUACCAGCAGCAGCUGCCUGACAUGUACUACUCCGACUCACGCCAACCGCCCUCUGCCUCCCAGUACGAGCCUUCGCAGUACCCUCAAGGAUAUCCCUACCAGCAGCCCCCCCAGUACUCCACUCAGCGCUACAUCCGAAACCCCCCUCCCCCCGGCGAGCCCGCUGGACCAGCCUACCAGGACCCCUAUCCCGGCUAUGGCCCCCCCGAGCGCCCUUACCCGGCUCCCCACUCCGCCCCCCCCUUCUCCUACCCUCCCCACUAUGACACCCGGGGCCGCCACGACCCUUACCCUGGUCCCCCGCCUCCACCCCAGCCAUACUCCUCGCAGAGGGACGACAUGGUCCGGAUGAGCCCCGCGCCCCUGGAUGUGCCCCCUAACCACCCCUACCACCAGGAGCAGGCGGCCAGGGAGAGGUACCCCCCAGAGGGGUACUACCCAACUGGGGCCCAGCCCCAAUCCAUGAGGUCCUACGUCAGGGAGCAGUACGGACGCUCCUCCCAGCCCAGCCUGGACUACCUGCACCGCCGCCGCAAGGAGCUGAUGGCCCAGCUGGAGGAGAGGAAGGUCAUCUCCCCCCCGCCGUUCGCUGCCUCCCCCACCCACACCCACACCUUCCCUAGUGACUACCCCCCAGAGUAUGGGGAGGAGAGCUCCAAAGCCUUUGGGAAGUGCAGGGAGCCGGACUACGGGGGCCAGUAUUCUCCCUGGUCCUGUGACACCAUCGGCUCCUACAUUGUCACCAAGGACGCCAAGCCCAAAGAAAUCAUGGCGCCCGGCGCCAUGGAGAUGAUGAAUGUGGAUUGUAAAGGUCUGCGGGGGGAGCCUUCCAUGGAGGCCCAGGCCAGGCGGGGGGCAGAGGUGAAAGACGACGACCCCAUCAUCCCCUUCGGCCCCCAGCCCACCGUGUCGCGCUUCGGGGCCAUCUCACGCACCUCCAAGACAGGCUACCAGACAACAGGCCCCGUGCAGGCCAUGGCCUCUGCCUCUACCCAGGGACCCAAGCCCAUGGCCGCGGAGUACUCCUAUGGGAACCACGGAGGCUGGGGCGGCGCCUCCUACCCCUCCCACCAGACUGGCUCCUCCUCUCAGGGACACUUCAGUGAAAGGCUGUCUAUGCCAGCUCAGGACAGAGAGCAUCUGAAGAUUGAGCUCCAACAGGUCAACCAGCAGAUCACCCAACAGACCCAGAUCCACGGCAUGGAGAGGGAGGUCAGUGCCCUGGUGGCCCAGCCCUCCCAGCCAGGUCAGAACCAGGGCCAGCAGGGGAAGUGGCCCGGUCCAGCGGGGGGUUCCAGCAGCGCUGCCUUGGUGUCCAGCGAACAGCUCAGCAUGGAGCUGCAUCAGGUGGAGAGGGAGAUCGGCAAGAGGACCCGCCAGAUGGCCAUGGACAGCCAGGUGGCUCAUGAGGUCCAGUACAAGAUGAAGGCUGCAGAGAAUGGCCAGCAGGACCACAAGGCCCAGCUAGAGGAGAUUGCCCUGGCCCUCGGUGAGGUGUCUAAUGGCUCCAGCGGUCUAGGUCAGGACGGCGGUGUGGGCGGAGCCAUGUUGUCACUGACCAAUAAGGCGUCUUCGCUCAGCCUGUGUUCUGAGCCGGGGCCCGGGGACUCAGAGCUGCAGAAGAACGGUGUGGUCCAUUCCUGCUCCUAGACCACACGCCACUUACUCAGACACUGUGGUGUAAAGCAUACAGACAGAAGAUGAGCAGUAUCUGCUGUGAUAGGAGUUUUUCUUUCUUUUUGUUCUGUGAAUGAGCUUUCUUUUUUUACUUUCAUCGCCUGGAAACCAGGGCAUUUGAUAUCAUUUAUUUCUUUGUUUCGUUUUCUGUUUUCUUACUGGGACUAUAAAACAAGCCUCUCAAAGUAAUGUAAAAACAAUAAGCAGUUGAUGAUGACAAUAAUGGUGAUGAUGAUGAUGAUGAUGAUGAUUUGUUAAAAGAAGGCUAUCUCCACUACAUAGACAUCACAUACCAAGACCCAUUGUGGAUCGAUCGGUAGAGUAUCUUUGUGCCCAUUACGAGGCAUACUAAGGGUAAACAGCUUGCAGGGACCUUUACACCCCAAAGACUGUUUAAAGGCUGUCAAAUGUAAACUUUCAAUUUCUUAACCAACUUAGAAUCGAAUCCUAAAUCAAGUUAUGCUCAUAUGUACUACAUAACAGUGUCAUAAGUCUUGGUGUUUACGACAUAGUUAUUUCAGCGGUCGUACGCAUCACAUAAGUGUCUGUUAUAAUCCAUUAUAACCUGUUAUGACAGUUUCCGAUACCUUUGACAGCUUACGAAGGCAUUAUAAUCAACAUUUAGUCAGUGUAGUAACUGUUCUGUCCGGGUUCAGUAAUAUGAGUGUAGUAACUGCUAGUGUUCAGGAAUACACCACUCCCAGAAUCGUAAAACGUGGUUGACCAGGUGAGGGAGGCCAGGGAAAGGGGGAGUGAAAACGUUCCGCCAACCUUCAGAACCAAACGAGACCAGGCCGCUUCAAGCCACAUGAGACCACAUGCUGCCAUGAGAAGUAUGAUUUUAUUAGUGCAUUUUAUGAAUACAUCAUAUGUCUGUUUCAUACUUGAAAAGCAGUAUAUUAUUAACCAAAGCAUUCUGUUUUAAAGAUUGCAAAGUGAAUCUUUUUGAUAAUGAGCUUUCCUCAUGUUUUCUGUAAGGGAACCUAUGUGCUUCUCGUGGGAUGUGUUGUGACUUGCUGCUGGCCACGGUAAUGUCUCGUUUGUACUCUGAUGGGCUGGAAUUCAAUCAAACUUGCAGUGCAGAUAUGCACUCUCCAGGGAGUGUAAUUAAUGUGUUAAGUUAACAGAGUUCUAGAAAACAUGCGUUUUCACAUUGUAGGAACAACAUUUUCCUUGGUGCAAGAUGGAUUGAAUCCCCUCCCAGUGUGAAUGGAAUCAUAUGGGGUGACAGUUGAUUUUGUCUUGCUCAGAACUCCUCAUCUGGUCAUCAAAAGCCCACCCCGUUGGGAUUAUCUUGUCAUUGGUUCUCCUUAACUUCUAUGAAGUUGUGUUCCUUUGUUUUCUUUCUCUCGCUCGCGUAAAUCGUGAUUAAGGGGCUGUGGACUACCUGAACACUGGUCCGUUAUUGGAGGGGAAGUGAGAUUGAUUAAUAUGCUAUUUCCCCCCCCCCCCCUCUUGGUCUUAAUACAUGUAAAAGGUGUCUGUAGUCUGCCAAACAGUCAUUUCAAUGGUUUGUGAGUCAAAAUCAACAAUGAAAGAGUAGAGAAGUGUCUCUUUAAAAAUAAUUGAGUCAUCUUACAAGGUUACUUUUAAAAAUUCCUUCUACUCCUUUUGUUUUUAACCACAUACUAUUAGUUCAUUUUAGAACAAGUCAGGAUCGAGACACAUAUUCAGUGUAUUAGUGGAUUCAAGCCCAGAAUCUUGGGCCACAACCUUGCAAGGUUUAAAGCAAGCAGCCAGAAAGUCUUUCCCCUCAAAAAGCCUCUGCCCAAAGUCUUCCCAACCUUCGAUUUGAAUACUUUUAGUGUAACCUUUCAUGAUAUUUUUCACAACAUAGUUUUAUAGUAUUAUUAUUAUUAUCAUCAUUAUCUUUACAUUAUUGUUGCUUUCCCUGUCAUGGAAAUUGUUGGUGCUCGUUAAGGAGUGCUCUGCCUUUUUGUAAACAAUCCUCAUGAUUGGCCAUUGAAAAGGGCUGCGCUGAAAUGCAAAAAGGUGGGUCCUAGUGCUCAAACGGUUAAUGAUAAGGAUAGAGGUGACGAUUGGGUUCAUAAUUUGGGUUUGGCAAAAAAAAAGUUCUGCUUUUUUGUCUGGGUUUAAGGUGGGUGGGGGUCAAUGGAAGUUAAAGUUGGGGGCAAGGGUUAGGGUUUAUAGUUUUUUCCAACCACACUUCAAGCCUCUCAGGCUGCUCUUUAAUACAUUUUAUUAUUUAGGUACACAACUCACUUAUACAUAUGAGUAUGUAUACAUACAUUAAUAUACUAAGCACUAUUAACGUGCCACCUCUUAUUCUACUCACUCAGCAUUUAUAUUAAAUGAUCUCUACUUAGAAUCAGCAAAAUGUUAUAUUUUUCCCUGUCCACUGGUUGCCAACACAGACUUUAUCCUUUCCCAGUUGAAGGACUUCUGUGCGCAUUGAUGUGUAUUCACUUAAUAUUUUUGUGUUCAAACAAAUAAGUUCUAUAUUGAAAUAUGCUUCCGAAAGAAGACUCAUUUAAUGAUGAGAAUUUAAAGAGAGAAACGUUUUUGUGUGAGUGUACUAGGUUGUAUUGUAGAAAAGGUACACUGGCUUUUUUCAAAGUGAAGUGUGCUGUGCUGGGUGACGGUGUGGAAAUAUUAGACAUUUGAUGUUUUUUUUUUUAAAGAGGUAAGACUGGUAAGCCUUUAAUUUAGUCAAAGGCUUGCUUCAUAUUCUCAAGGAAUACUCCUUGGCCAACAGUAAGAUAAUUUGGAAGCACACUAACCAAAUUAAAAGCGAUUUGAAUUGGCAUGCUCGUUUUCUCUUCAACUGUCAGUCACCUUUUGUCAUAUUUAGAACAAAACUUGUUUCUGCUGGCAAAAUGUAAUUGACUAGUUGGGUUUGUAGUUGUUUUUGUUCCUGUUGUUGUUGAGUGAAAAAUCACUGACUUCCAAGUCUUACGGUGAUCUACGUAUCGCCUCACAUGGCGAAGCAUCAUGUUGUCCAUGGAAAUGAUCAAACGCAGCAUCUCUAUCAUCCACACACAGGUUGUCAUUGUUUCAGAAUAGUCAUGAAAAUUAACUUGCCCACACUUGUUAAUUCUGCUUUGGGAAAUACUCUCAAGGUCCCUCCAGCCAUGACCCUUAAAGAGCGAGUUCACUCCAAAUUUGUCCAAUGUUUUCAGAUCUCAGCAGUGGUCUAAUGUUGACAUGAGGCUAGCCUCUUUUAGAAUCCAAGAGUGAAAUGCUUAAACACUCGUCUCUCACAUGAAGGCUCUGCAUGCCCAAACAGUCCCAUUACAAGUCAGAAUGUUGAACAAACUCCAAUUCAACUUACUUUACCUGUUGUCUGCUGAUUUUGUCCCUAUGUUGGACAUAAUCUGAUUACACUUCCCUGUGGAUAUUUUUUUAUCAACCCGACCUUCAGUACGCUGGUCUGUAUAUCGGUUUGAAUUUCUGGUUUUAUUUUCCAAUACUGAUGCAAUUCGCAUGUUACAAACACUUGCACAAUAUGGCCGAGCCUAACCGAACAGACAUGGACCAAACAGCAAACACUUCCAGCUGAUUGCAUGUUUGGUCGACUACAUUCGGUUACAUUAGGCUAUUGUUUACAUAUUGUGCAUCACAUGCAAAGCGUCAAGAGAUUGAAAAUACAAGACAGAACCUACCAGCGCUGCAAAAAGUCGGGUAAACAACACUUUCCUGUGGAUACCGUAUCUCCACCACCUACCGCCAAAAGGACCAACAGCAUGUACAACCAGGAAAGUAAGUGUAAAUAUAAUUUUCUUCAACAUUCUGGCUUAUGGACUAUUGUGUCUUUUUUUUAGGGAGACUUGGUCAGGCUGAAAAUCCAUUGAGUAACCAUGGUAACAGUUAGAUGUUUAGGCAAACAUGAGGCCACAUCCCAUGCCAUCUGUUGUGUAGGUCCAGCUGUAAACCUCAAUGGCAAAGAUGGACACAGUAUAAUUCAGUGCCUAUCAUUUCUACUCAUUUUGGGUUUAGGCUAUAGCUGGAUAAACACUAGAUGGGGUGGGAUGUAGACUCAAAUCAACAUUAAACCACUUGAGGUCUAAAAUGCAACAAACUGAUUUUGGAGUGAACUGUCCCUUUAAAGUCCAUAGCUGAGGAAAAGUAACAAAGAUGUGGUUUCUGGGAAUAGCAAUGAUGUUCAUGUCAGUCGCCUGCUUUCAUUUGUUUCUUAGUGAAACUGCUGCCCUACCCCGCAUUCACACAGCCAACUAUCCCCGGAAUCACAGAAGUGUGACUGCUGUUUUGGGCUCACAUUUUAAUUCCUAACAUUUGGCGAGAAACGCAAUGGCGCUUUUAUAUGAUUACUUCCUUGUAAUAUAUCUCUUAAUUUAAGGUACAGGUUUGAUUUCAGCAAGAAAAAAACGUUUUUAUAUGUAUGUUAUACUCCAUGAAGGAAUGUUUAGAAUUAUCUUCCUCCAAUGUGGAUGUAGCCAUUAUUACGCCAUUUUAUGACUUUGUAAGAGAAUUCACUGUGUGAAAAUUGGUUUGCAUUUUUGUAUAAUACAAUCUGCUUUUCUUUUUUUGGAUAUGAGAGAUAGGUCAAACUGGAAGUUUGAAGAGAGAAAUGAACAUGUGAAAUUGAGAAAAAAAAAAAAAACGUAUGUACAACAGUGAUUCUAUGCUGAGGGGGAAGGAUUAAAUGAUAUUGCUAACAAUGCUA